UCCUCAGCCGUCUGCUGAAGGAUGGCGUUAACACCGCCGUCUAAUAACUCAAGCCCCAUGGAAGCUGCGAGCCCAUUGGCUGCGGCCGCCCCGCUGCCUUUACAACAACCAAUUACCCGGCUCCCGGCCCGGGCUGCUCGCCGCGGACCCCGCAGGACCGAGUGUGCAGCCGCGCACCGCGCACCGCCCGUGCUCCGCGCCCCGGUGAGCGGCGGGGGGACCCGCGCCGCCCGGCCUUUAAUACCGAAAACAAAAUGGAAGCUCCCCGCUGAUUGGCUGCCGCCGGCCACGGACCUUUAAUAAGCAAAACUGCUCCCCCUUCUUUACCCCUGUCCCCAGCCGUAGUGCCGCCGAACGGCAGCGCUCCCCCUCUCCGCCGACACCCCCCCUUUUCCUUCUCCCCGCCGCAGCGGGGCGGCGCGCUACGCCCGGCCCGGGCUCGGUGAAGUCUUCCCCCUAAGAAAAAAAUAACUUGUCCCACCUAUAGGUCCAUCUUGUUUAGAAACAGUUUGCGCUAAGGUAAAUGCAGCGGGCAGAUUCCACUCGUCCCCCCGCACGCCGUUAACCCCGGGGCGGGGAGAGGAAAAAAAUCAACCCAUCCCGGCGGCGGCCCAUGCGGCGGUGCGCGGCGGCGGCGGGGCGGCGGGGAACGGCCGCGGGCCGGGGGCUGCGCGGCGCGGCCGCCGUGAAUGUGCAGGCGGCGGAGGGCGGUUAGGCGUUCGCGGCGCUCGCAGCGGUGGAUUGUGGGAGGCCGCCGCCGCCAGCAGCGAGCACACACAAUAUGUGGUGGCUCGCGAAAACGGGAGGCAGGAGCCUGGCGGCCAGCCCGCGCCGGUAACCGGCCCCAUGUGAGACGGGAGCUCGCCUUUCGCCGCCCGGAGACGAUCGGCCGCCGAGCGCGAUGUCUUUCCGAGAGAUCAAGGCGGGGGAAAAAGCCAAGCACCCUGAAGAUCAUGGCAAAAAGCAGAGUUCAAGUUGGAUCAACGGAAUGGAGAACAGCACGCAAGCCAGCACUUCUGUCGAGAAAAGAAAUCACCAUUGGAGAAGUUACAAGUUGAUUAUUGACCCAGCUCUGAAAAAAGGACAGCACAAACUCUACCGUUACGAUGGGCAACAUUUCAGCAUGCCUAACUCGGGAAUCGCUCCUGUGGAUUGUGUCAGGGAUCCCAGAAUAGGGCGAAUAUGGACCAAAACUAAAGAGCUGGAGCUGUCUGUCCCCAAAUUCAAGAUUGAUGAGUUUUACGUGGGGCCAGUGCCCCCCAAGCAGGUCACCUUUGCCAAGCUGAACGACAACAUCCGUGAAAACUUCCUGACUGACAUGUGCAAGAAAUACGGUGAAGUGGAGGAGGUGGAGAUUCUCUACAACCCCAAAAACAAGAAGCACUUGGGCAUUGCCAAAGUGAUCUUUGCCACUGUCAAGGGAGCCCGGGAGGCUGUCCAGCACCUUCACAACACCUCUGUCAUGGGCAACAUCAUCCACGUGGAGCUGGAUACAAAAGGUGAAACCCGCAUGAGGUUCUAUGAACUGCUUGUUAAUGGUCUUUACACUCCUCAGACCCUCCCUGUGGGCACCGAACAGGACGUGUCGCCAACUGUGAAUGAGACUCUCCAGUUGACGGAUUCCCUGAAGCGCCUGAAAGACAGUAACCUGUCCUCUGCGGGAUCCUCUGUCACCCCCAACAGCAGCACCCCGUUUUCCCAUGACACAGCCUAUUCCAGCUGUCGGCAAGACACCCCAAACUCCUACAGCCAGUUUACCCCUCAGUCCCAAGGAACACCUCACACCCCACGGUUAGGGACGCCGUUCUCCCAGGACUCCACCUAUUCUAGUCGUCAGACAACCCCCGUGUACCACUUUGGGCAGGACAGUGGGUACAAACCCAGGAGACAUGAAACUAAAUUUACGGAUGCCUACAACCGUCGGCCGGGACAUCACUAUGUCCAUAACUCAGUGGGUGUUUUCCGAGGGACGGAGCAUCAGUUUAGUACUUACAAAUCCCAUCAGCCGGAGCCAGUUCAGUUCUCUCACACUCCUCCCCUGAGCCACUCUAGUUCUUCGAGCUACAAAUCUGCCUUCUCUCCCUACCAAGCACCAGCUGUAUUUCCCCAAGCCGAUGAGCAGCCAUUUCCCCAAACUUCCAGGGAAGCAGAGUAUCGAAGACCUGCACCACCUCCCACUGAGAUGGUUGUGGAAAGCAGCGCUGCUCCUAACAUCGAUUUUGUCCCAGUGAAGGAGAAACAGGAGGAGCCUCCUCCACCCUUGCCCGAAUCGAACUCUGCUCCUGAACCGAGCACAGCAUCCUUCUCUCAGACCCCAGAGAGAAGCGAGACCCCUGGCACCCCCACCAUGGAGUCUGAAAUGCAGCAUAACAGUUUAGACUCAAGGAUUGAGAUGCUCUUAAAAGAGCAGAGAACAAAGUUACCCUUUCUGAAUGAGCAUGACUCAGAUAACGAGAUCCGAAUGGAAGGUAGCCCCAUUUCCUCCUCUUCUUCCCAGCUCUCUCCCAUCCCAAUGUACGGUUCAAACUCCCAGCCUGGUUACAGAGGUCAGACACCUUCCUCGCGCCCUUCCAGCACAGGCCUGGAGGACAUCAGCCCCACGCCGUUACCUGACUCUGACGACGACGAGCCUAUCCCUGGGACAGCUUCGUUGAGUCAGAAUUCCCGGGGGACAUCGGAGGCCAGCAUGACUCCCAUUGACCAGCUGAGCAGGACCUCCAAACUUGAGACUUCAGAGGCUAAAGAAAUGGUGCCUGGUGAUCAGACUCCAACGUCAGAAAAAAUGGAUGAGGGUCAGCAUUCUUCAGGGGAGGACAUGGAGAUCUCUGACGAUGAGACCAACCCUGCACCCAUCACCAGUGCAGAAUGUGCCAAAACCAUUGUGGUGAACUCCUCUGUCAGCAACACAGGCGUGAUGGCCCCAUCGAUUCCUCCCAUGCCACCACCAGGAUUCCCUCCUCUUCCUCCUCCUCCUCCACCACCUCCACAGCCAGGCUUCCCGAUGCCUCCGCCGCUGCCUCCACCACCUCCACCUACUCACCCUGCUGUCACUGUCCCCCCCCCACCGCUCCCUGCCCCUCCUGGGGUCCCUCCACCUCAUAUCUUGCCUCCGCUUCCUCCGUUCCAUCCUGGCAUGUUCCCUGUCAUGCAAGUGGAUAUGAUAAGUGUCUUGGGGAACCAGUGGGGUGGCAUGCCAAUGUCCUUCCAGAUGCAAACUCAGAUGCUGAGCCGCAUGAUGCAGGCACAGAACACAUACCAGUAUCCGCCUUUCAUGACGGGUCGGAUGCAGUUUGUGAACCUUCCACCCUACCGCCCUUUCUCUAUGGGAGCAGCUCUUGGUCGUGGUCAGCAGUGGCCACCGCUGCCCAAGUUUGACCCUUCGGUUCCGCCACCGGGUUAUGAGCCGAAGAAGGAAGAUCCCCACAAAGCCACUGUGGAUGGAGUCCUCUUGGUCAUAGUGAAGGAACUAAAGGCUAUCAUGAAAAGGGACCUGAACCGGAAGAUGGUUGAAGUGGUAGCGUUUCGGGCAUUUGAUGACUGGUGGGACAAGAAGGAACGUCUGGCAAAGGCGUCUCUCACUCCAGUGAAGUCUGGAGGAGAACUGGAGGAAAAACCAAAGCCGAAGGAUCGAAUUGCAUCUUGUCUUUUGGAGAACUGGAACAAAGGAGAAGGCCUGGGAUAUGAGGGAAUUGGCUUGGGCAUUGGGCUACGAGGGGCCAUCCGGCUGCCGUCCUUCAAGGUGAAAAGAAAGGAGCCACCUGAAGCUGCCUCAGCAGGAGAUCAGAAGAGAAUCCGGCCUUCCACUUCAGUGGAUGAUGAAGAUGAAGAGUCGGAGAGGGACAGGGAUGCUUCUGAUACAACAUCUGACCUGUCAAAGAAGGAUGCAGAAGCAGUGGGGCUGAGACGGCGACCAGCAAGGCCACUGGAGCUUGACAGCGAGGGAGAAGAGGGAGAUGAGACAUCAGAGAAAGAGGAAGAGUCCUCUUCAGAGAAGGAGGAGGAGCAGGAAGAAGAGGGAAGCUUGGUGAAAGCAGCACCUGGCAAGGAGGAAGAGGAGGAUGACGAGGAGGAUGAAGAUGAUGAUGAGGAUGAAGAUGAUGAUGGAGAUGAGGAUGAGGAUGAAGAUGAGGAGGAGGAGGAGACAGGCGUAGACACAAGUGACAAGGAGGAGGAGCAGGACUCUGAGGAGGAUGUAGCAAGUCCCUCAUCUUCCAAGGCUGAAGUUGAAUCAUCCGAUGAAAGCGAGGACUCCUCUGAAUUUGAGUCAAGUUCAGACUCAGAUGAUGAAGAUGAGGAUGAUGAAGAUGAAGAGGAGGAGGAAGAGGAAGAAGAGGUGGCUGAAGAUCAAGACAGAGAAGCCAUGGUUGCUGAGACGGAGCAUGAACCUGCUAGUCAUGAGCUUCCCGAUGAUGAGAGGGAGACUAUUUUGGAGCUGUAUCCUGUGGAUGACUACAUGGACGCAACAGGCUUGGGACUCGCAGAGCCAGCUUUGGCAGUGAAAGAUGAAGGCAUGGAAGAAAUCAAAGCUGGGGAAGGUGAAUGUGGUGAAGUCCCAGAGGCAUCUAUUGCUGCUGAAACACUGAAACACUUGGUUAUGGAAAGAGACCAGGAGACAAAACUUGCUCUGUCUCCCAUCUGUAGGCCAGAGGAAGAGUCCGAACCUGCUACCAUGCUGGAGCCAGAGGUACAGGAAGGUCCAAAGCCUGACUCUCAAGAUGAGGAGGCGGUGCUCUGUCUCUCAGCUCCAGUGGGAGUCUUUGGAGAACCUCUGCCGAAUAAAAGCAGCUUCUUUAGCAAGUCUGAGGACAGCAGCUUAGAAGCUCAUGUUAAAACAAAACUGCCCUCUGCAACGGAGGAAGACGACCGGCUGCCUCGCACGCCUGGACUGGAGGUGAUGAUGCAUUCAGAGACUGAUGCUCUUUUGCUUCCAGCCCACAAAGUGCCAUCCUCCAUGCUUCCCUUACCAUCCACUCCUGGUAAGGAAGAACCUUUAGUCCCUCCAGAAAAGUUCCCUGAACACUUAAUGGUGACCAAAACGUCCAUAGAAGAGGAGAUUCCAAGGACUCCUGGGCGGGACAUUUUGGUCAAGUCUUCACACCCCUUUGCGAAGUCGCAGAGCACGGACACUGUUCCAGCCACGCCAGGAAGCGAUGCUCCCCUUACAGGAAGCAGUUUGACCCUCAGUUCCCCUCAAGUCCCAGGGAGCCCCUUUUCCUACCCAUCCCAAUCUCCUGGCAUCAACAGUGGCAUUCCUCGGACUCCUGGGAGAGAUUUCAGUUUCACGCCUACUUUCCCAGAGGCUGGUGCUACCAUUUCUUGCUUUCUGUCUGGCAAGAAACAGUCAGAGGAUGACGUCGAUGAGAAACCCUUUAAAGAGCCUCUUGGUGCUUCCCUUACGAUCAGCAUGAACAGUGUUCCUUCCCCUAUUCCCUUCGCCAGCCCCCCACAAGCAGAUUUCCACAUGGACAUGGGUUUGCCACCUGAUGAGCCAAUACCUGUAGCAGUCCUGCCAUGCAUGCAUGGAGAUGGAAGAAUGCCCAUUGAGGAAUGCAAGGCAGAAGUAAAAUCUGUUUUGCUCUCGUCAGAAGUACCCCCUGGUGCUUCUGUUCUUCCUCCCCCACCACCUCCUUCUGUCCUUCCCAAAAGGAGGCCAGGCCGACCAAAACGGUCACCACCUUCUGUCCUCUCACUGGAUAUGUACUCGGGCAAAACCAUAGAACCUCCUCCUAUGCCAGUGGCCUUGGUGGAAAGUGCUGUGGGCAAAGAGCUGCUGAGUGGACAUCCUGAUGCUUUCUAUGGACUAAAAGACCCUGAAGCUGUCACCCUGGACUUCAGGAAUGACGGUUUCCAUGAGAAAAUUGCAGCUGAGACAGUUGCAGAGAAACUGCCAUUUAAGGAACUGGAGAACCAGUGGAAUGAAGACUUCAAGGAGGAAGAAGCUCAUGCGAAACCUAAAAGACAGUGGCGAAGGCAGAAGAAGUCACCUGAGCACCUCCCAGCGAUUCCUUCCCCUGAGUAUUCCCCACCCCGGCCUCAGUUCAGGCCACGCUCCGAGUUUGAGGAGAUGACCAUUUUGUAUGAUAUUUGGAACGGAGGCAUAGAUGAGGAAGAUAUCAAAUUCAUGUGUAUCACAUAUGACCGCUUGUUACAGCAGGACAAUGGUAUGGACUGGCUCAAUGACACCCUGUGGGUAUUCCAUCCUUCUACUAGCUUUUCUACCCCCAAGAAAAAGAAGCGGGAUGAUGGGAUGCGGGAGCACGUCACGGGCUGUGCACGAAGUGAAGGCUAUUACAAAAUUGAUAAGAAGGACAAACUCAAAUACCUCAACAAUAGCCGAGCUUUCGCAGAGGAGCCUCCAGCUGACACACAGGGUAUGAGCAUCCCUGCCCAACCUCAUGCUUCUACCCGGGCUGGCUCCGAGAGGCGGUCAGAGCAGCGCAGGCUCCUCUCCUCCUUCACUGGUAGCUGUGACAGUGACCUGCUCAAGUUCAACCAGCUCAAGUUCCGGAAGAAAAAGCUAAAAUUCUGUAAGAGCCACAUCCAUGACUGGGGCCUUUUUGCUAUGGAGCCCAUUGCAGCUGAUGAGAUGGUGAUUGAAUACGUGGGUCAGAACAUCAGGCAGGUCAUUGCUGACAUGCGUGAAAAGCGAUACGAGGAUGAAGGCAUCGGGAGCAGUUACAUGUUCCGAGUGGAUCAUGACACCAUCAUCGAUGCCACGAAGUGCGGAAACUUCGCCAGGUUCAUUAAUCACAGCUGCAAUCCAAAUUGCUAUGCUAAAGUGAUCACGGUGGAGUCUCAAAAGAAGAUUGUCAUCUACUCCAAACAGCACAUCAAUGUGAAUGAGGAAAUUACCUAUGACUACAAGUUUCCAAUUGAGGAUGUAAAAAUCCCAUGUCUCUGUGGCUCUGAGAACUGCAGGGGAACCCUGAACUGAACUCAAGGUUUCUCGUCACACUUGCACCUUCGGCCAUGUCAAAACUGUGGUAACCAGGUGUGGUUGCACUUUGCCAAAUAAAAGGAAAAACAAAACAAAAAAACAGUAAAAAAAGGAACAAAAAAUUAAAAAGGAAAAAAAAAUUAAAAAAAAGAGAGGAAAAAAAGAGAAGAAAAACCCCAAGUUUCGCACUUCUGCCAGGAUCAUGAAUGACAGCAAAAGCGCACACGCUUACGAGGACUGUUCAUGUUUCAGGUGCUCUUUCCUUUUCAGAUCCUACGCGCACACAAAAAGGUGAUAACCAUUUUGUGGCAUGGUCUAUCCAAACACUAGCUUCUCUGUUCAGUCCCUACAGUAAUGCUCCAGAAUGGAAUAAUGGUACCUUUUUCUUUUUUUUUUCAAUUGUUGUUCUAAACCUUCAUCUUUUCAUCAAUGCUGCUACCUUUUUCUCAUCAGUUCUGUUGGUUGAAAAAGACAUUCAACGUUUAAAUGUGAAGCAGAGACUGAAAAUGCCAUAUAGGGUUUGUUGGGAGCUUGAUUGGCUGAAAUUGCACAGAUUUCUCAGAGUAAGCUGUAAAUAAAUGUAAGGUUGAUGUUACAGAGCAAGCCAGAGGCUUGAGGGGGUGUGAAUGGGGCUGCGUGUGUGUGUGAGCGGGUGUGUGUAUGUACGGAGACGUGUCUGCAACCAGACUCCAGGUGAACUGUCCUGCCUUUUUGUUAGGGAUGAGCCUGAACAAGUCCCCCUAAGCCAGACACCUGGGGAGGAGCCAGGUCAGCUGCAGACCUCAACACCUUGGGCUUGUCUCUUAGUUUUCAUAUAACAUGCUGGUAUAUUGGGGGAUCAAAACCUCUGCACCUGCACGUGAAAAAAUACGUGGAUACCACAAUGACUAGUAAGGAGUCAAGUCGGUUGUGUCGCUGUAGCAUUGUGGCAUGGUGUGUGGCCUUUGGGGAUGCCUGUUUCUUGGAGGCUGGUUUGUCUUGCAUGCAAAAAAAAGGCUGAAGCUGAGAUUAAGUGGACAAUUCAGCCCAUGUUUGCACUCUAGGGAUCUUACCCUCCUUGGAAGCAUAACUAUGGCCCACAUUUUUGAUAGAAUUUCCUUCCUAUAGAUGGGAAACAGGCUGAUCUGUGUCUUGUAUUAAUUUUCUCUCAUUUUUGUCUGCAUUUCCCUGCCCUUUCAGCUUGUACGUGGAGUAUUUGCUCUGUCCUUGAAUAUGGGAAAUGCCUCCUGUGAUAGGAACAGGCUGCAUGGCACUGGUCUCCUCCCUCUGUUACUCAGUAACUUGGCCUGCGGUGGUCCUAUCUCUCCAAUAAGAACAUAGUAAAAGUGUCCCUGGGAGCAAUCCUGUCCUCCCCCAUCUACAGCAUGAAAAUGAAUGCUUCUUUAAAUUGGGAAGGCAUGUUUUGAAACGAGUUUUUGAUAUAUUUUGUCCUUGUAGAUGUGCUGAGGUGAAGGCUGCAGCUCUUUGAGAGGUUCCAUUUAAAAAUGGGGCAAAGUACCAAAGAAAUACUUCUUUGGAUUUGAUCUGGAAGUGUUACAUGACCAUUCAGGUAUAGACAGGAUCACUUUUUCAACUUGCAUUGAACUUCUCCUGCUUUAAAAGUAGAGAUUAGUUGUACUAAAACCUUUUCAAUUGGCUUCUAAGGGGAGGUUGCAAUAUCAUUAUGAAAUGGGAAGAUGAUCUGUGUAACAAAACAUCUUCUCCCCAACAGAACAAAUUGCACAGCUGUGUUCUUGUAGCCUUUCAAAAUCAGGGAUAAUUGCUGUGUCGCCACAACUUCACCAUCAGAGGUUACCGCCUUGCAAAAGAGUUUCCUGGGAGGUUUUCCAGCUGUUACAUGGAGCUGCCAGGCCCACACUGCACUUCUUCAGACAAAAAGCCAGAAAGAAUAGGAACACACAGACUGCUACGAGCUGCCUUAAUACUGCCUGUAUUUCUGUCUGAGGUGAGGAGAUUGUUGUUGAGAUUGGAGAGCCCGUAGUGUCUCAUCUCUUGGUUUUGGUUUGGUUUGUUGUUUCCCCCUCCCACCCCAACUUUAUAAACCUCUCCAGCAGUUGGGUAACAGUGACCCAGAACCUAAAACGAUCAGAAGCACAACUAGUUUCUGUCACUGAACAUUGGUUGUAACUGCAGCGAUGGCAGGAGCAUUUGGGAGCUAAACCUGCUGCUCAGUUUUGUUGUAUUCUUUGGUUAAGUCAGGUUCAUCUUGUGUUGAUGCUCCAGCUGGCAGCUCUGCAGCUUGGCCUUUUACUUUCAAAGCUUUGGAAAUGCACAGAAGUUUCCUGUUUCUCAGAACUGAAGCCCCUGUGUGUGGCAGUUCUGCCGGUGUCCUUGGCCUUCUUCCUCUCUGGUCCAUCAGACCAGUGUAUUAACGGUGGUUUUGUGGGGGCAAAGACACCCCAAAUGUCUCAGCCCCUAAGUACCCAUUGACAGUGUUGCAUUUCCCAGCAUAUCAGUGUGCUCUGGAUGGGAUUAGCCCCUGUGGUUUGCCUUAAUCUUUGUUGCGGAGAGGUGGGAAGGAGGCAGGUCGUGGUUUUCUGAAACAAGACCUGCAGGUUGGGGUUCUUCACUGCGUUUUUAGGAGUGCCAAAAGGAUUUGGGUACCUAAAUCACUUGGGUACUUCUAAAAUUGCCUGUAACCCAUCUGGUUUUAGGAUCCCAGACAAACAACAUGAGUUUUCGGAAGAGCCGAGCUCCCAGUAGUUUCCCAGUAGGAAACAGAGCUGUUGGACUUCUGAAAAAUCACGUUAGUCUGGUCUCAAAGCCAAACGUGAGGCUUUUCUCCCCCAUAAAUCUUGGCUUGCAGAGUCCUACCUGUGCAGCUCUUGUCUCAGACUCCGAAACUGCCCCAUUCCCAAACCAAAUUAUCUUACAGUGAGGAUUCUGUGUGUGGUUUAGUGAUUUCCAUGAGCUGCUGCAGUUGCCUGUGGCUGCCCUGUCCUGGCACGCUGGUGGGGUCUCAUCAGGACACGGGAGCCCUGCAGCCACGGACGUGGUUUUGGAAGGCAGCCCCAUAGAGAUACCUCUCUAAUCCCUCCUGGACCCAUCUCCUGGGGUGAGAUGAGGGGAAGGCAGUAGGUGUGCGAUUCACACCCCAGCCUGGAUCAGACCCAGCAUUCGCCUCCGUAGUCAGCACAGGCACCCCAUGGAAAUAGUGGCAAGGACUAAAAAGAAACCUCACCAGCAUGUGCUGCUUUACAGAGAGAUCUACGGAUUGUUUUGGUUGCUGGAAAGCCUGUCCCCAGUUUAUUUUCACCUGAAUUGAAACCUAAGGCCAAAAAUAGACCUGACCUUAUGCUCCCUGCAGAUUUCUGUCUCCCCAGGUGAAAUGACCCAAGAGAACAGUGCAAAAGCUUUGGAAUUAGGACUUAAACCCUUAGUUUCCCAGCGUGAAGCUGGCUGGGGUUCAGGGUGCAGAUGCCUCCACGGUUGGAGUUCUUAGGAAGUGAGCUCUGUGCUUGCAGGUCCCGCCUGCUGCUGCCCAACACCUUCAUUUAUCCAUUCGGUUCUCCCCCCCGUUUGCAAUUCCAGGGUGGUCCCAAUAAGUGGUCUGUGACUGUUGGGGGGUCCAGCAGGGGAAGGGGCUCAUCUUGCAGAUAUUUAUAUUGUAUAGAGCAGCUUAUUUCUACAAGGAAAAACAAAACCAUUUUUAAACUCCAACAAACAGUACUUUCAGUUCCGGUUUUUGUGACCUUUUUCAGGGAUCAUUUCAGUGCAUUUCUGUAUAAAAAAAAAUUAAGGAAAAAAAAGGAUUUUGAAGUAUCAAAAAGAAAAAAAAAAGCAUCUUCUGUACAUAGGCAAAGUCAAGAAUCUUCUCUUCAGACACUGUUUCUUGUAGAAACAUGUUGAAAAUUUUUUUGCUGAUUUCUUUGUACUUCAAGAGCAUGUAAAUAAUUUAUUAAAAGUGACUAUUGUAAUUUGGAGUUCUUUUUAAACAGAUCCCAGCUCUAAAUCAUGUCGAGGAGACGGGGAGGAAGAAGGACUUCAGUAUAGCAAAGGAGCUGGUGGCAUUUACAGCUUGUGUCAAGCUUUGUAUAAUGUAAAUUCUGUAUAAAUACGGGGUUUUUUUGUCAAAUAAAUAGAUGGAAUUAGAAGCAUUAAGAAACUGAAGACAAAAAAAUUGCCAAGUCAAGGCUUCUUCUUUGCCCUCCCCUCCGUCUGAAACCUAAUGUGCAAAAUCUAUUUAUUUCAAGCGAGGAAAUGUGUACAGUCUAAUAGACAACCUAAAAGCGUAUUUAAGCGAGUUUGCAACUGGAUUGUUUUCAAGUUAAUAUUUGUGUUUUGUUUUCCUGAGUUUCCUCCUUAAUUGCCACUGUAGUAUUUGUCCAAGCGGAACGAAACGCAGCGGAACGGGCACUCUAAACCCAACGGGCAGUUGUAAGAGCGAAGUGGAAAAGAACAACCCCCGCUCCCAAUCGUUGCAGUUGUCCGGUUGGUUCAAUUCACAGUGUGAAAAUAAGGGCCCUCCUUUAAAAGGAGGUAAGUCAAAUGGUUUGCAAUAAACGAAAAUCAAAUCCUUUUUGUUCUUUUUAAGUUCCUUUAA